CCGAGCGGAUCCGGGUCAGCGGCCGAUCGCCGCCGCCUCCUGCCGGCCAUGCGGGUCCCGGCCCCAGUGACGCUGGAUGACAUCACGGUCUCCUUCUCCCCAGACGAGUGGGCAGAGCUGGAGGAAUGGCAGCGAGCCCUUCACCGCGAAGUCACGUGGGAGAACUCCGAGCUGGUCGCCUCUCUGGGUUGUGAUAUUGGAGACAUCAGAAUCAAGGAGGAAGAGGAGGAGGAAGAUCUGAAAGUGCUGUUGGUGGGAGCAGCAGAAGAGACCGCUCCGCAGGGCUGGAAGGCAGCUGACCAAGGUCAACCUGGACCAUGGAGUGGGCACAAUGGACGCUUGGGGGAGGAUGGCAGCUGGGAGGAGCUGGUGCCCCGGGGAACCUUUGGGGAGGUGCCGGGGGCCCAGUGCCCAUUCACCUGCCCAGAGUGCAGGAAGCGUUUCAAGAGCAAAGCAGCCCUGCAGACCCACAGGCGGAUCCACACAGGGGAGCGGCCCUUUGCCUGUGCCGAGUGCGGGCGGUGCUUCACCCAGCGGCAGCACCUGGCCACUCACCUGCGGGUGCAUGGGGGGGAGCACCCUUUUGUCUGCGCCACCUGCGGCUGCACCUUCCGCCUACAGAAGCUGCUCCUGACACACCAGAGGAAAGUCCACUCCAGUGAGCCGCCCUUGUCGUGUGCCGACUGCGGCAAGCUCUUUAACCACAGACACCACCUGAUGACCCACCAGCGGGUGCACACUGGGGAGCGCCCCUUCCCCUGCCCUGACUGUGGGAAGAGCUUCACCCAGAAGCACCACCUGCAGACCCACCGGCGCAGCCAUUCCGGGGACCGGCCCUUCCCUUGUGCAACGUGUGGCAAGACCUUCAAGGACCGCACGGGCGUCUUGAUGCAUCAGAUUGUGCACACUGGAGCAAAGCCCUUUGCCUGCCAAAGCUGCAGCAAGAUCUUCAGCCACAAGCACCAUCUGGUGAUCCACCAGCGCGUCCACACCGGCGAGAAGCCUUUCUCCUGCGAGGUGUGUGGGAAGCAGUUCACCCAGAAGCACCACCUCCUCAGCCACGAGCGCAUCCACACAGGGGAGCGCCCUUAUUGCUGCGAGGAAUGUCCCCGCAGCUUCAAGGACCGCAUAACCCUCAAGUUGCACGUGCGGCUCCACACGGGCGAGAAGCCGUUUUCUUGCGCUCGCUGCGGAGAGAGUUUCCGGCUGCGGAAGGCGCUGCUCUCACACCAGCGGGCCCACGACACCCCUGCGCAGCUCAUCUGCACGGAAUGCGGGGAGAGUUUCCCACGUAUGCGGAGCCUGGCCAGCCACAGGCGGCGGAAACACCCGUCAGCACCAGCCUCCCAGAAGCCUCUCUGCAUCCCUGAGUCCCAGGCCGAAGGGGGGAAGGACCAGGUGGAGGAGGAACAGGACCAGAGGCUGCCCCACCUGGGUCUGGGGAAAACAUUCCAGGCAGACAAGGUUUGCCUGCACUCAAGCAGAGAGUCCCGGGGUCUGCCAGCUCUGGAGGCUCAAACACCAUGAGUCAGAUCGCCCUGAGAUCUUCAGAUGUGGAGGCAGAGGACAUGGGGCUCUCGAUUCUUGCUGGCCUUUGAAGGCCCAUCACACACUUUUCUUCUGGACCUUUUGUGUCUCACUGGCUGGGUGUGCAUGGCGAGGGGCCCGUGACUUCAAAGAGUCUUUGUUUUGGGGGCAUGUUCAGCACGCCCUGUUUGCAGUGGGACGGGCAUUACCCAUCAGCUGGCAUUCUGCUUGCAUCUGGAGGGGUGAUGUUUUGUGGGUUCUCUAUCAGACAUGCGUGCUUUAAUUUUUAAUAUAGUCUUUAAUUUUUAUCGUAAACUAGCGGGGCCUGGCCACGCGUUGCUGUGGCUUAUUGUGGUGAAAUGGGAA